AUGGCCGACUACGAUGAAGCUUACGAGGAGGAGUUCUACGACGAGGCGGAUGACGGAAUCACCUCCGAAGACUGCUGGACGGUAAUCUCAUCAUUUUUCGACGUGAAGGGUCUUGUCUCCCAGCAGCUCGACUCUUUCGAUGAAUUCAUCUCUUCGACCAUGCAGGAGCUGGUGGAGGAACAAGGACAAGUGGUUCUCGAUCAGACCCUCCCCCCGGCCGAAGACGAAAUCGACCCGAUCGUUGUGCGCCGCUACGAGCUCAAAUUCGGCACUGUCAUGCUUUCGCGACCAUCUGUAACAGAAGGAGAUGGUGCGACCACGAUCAUGUUGCCCCAGGAGGCGCGUUUGCGAAAUCUCACAUACGCCAGUCCCCUGUACCUGACCAUCAGAAAGAAAAUUAUGGAGGGACGAGAGUGUCAGGUGGCCGACCGCGAUGACGAUGAAGCUGGCGACGCCGACGAAGACCGCAAGAACCGUGGCACAUAUCUGCAGUGGGAGCAGAGGGCUCUUCCGCCAGAGCAGAAGGAGGAGGAGACAGUUUUCAUUGGCAAGAUGCCCAUCAUGCUCAAGUCCAAGUACUGUAUCUUGAAGGAUCUGAAGGAGGAACGCCUUUACGCCUGGAAUGAAUGCCCGUACGAUUCCGGCGGUUACUUUGUCAUCAACGGCAGUGAAAAGGUUCUCAUUGCGCAGGAGCGAAGUGCCGGAAACAUCGUGCAGGUCUUCAAGAAGGCUCCCCCGAGCCCAACACCCUAUGUUGCUGAAAUCAGAAGUGCCGUCGAGAAGGGAUCGCGGCUCCUCUCUCAGCUUGCACUCAAGCUCUUCGCCAAGGGUGAUAGCGCCAAGGGUGGAUUCGGCCCGACUAUUCGAUCGACUCUGCCAUACGUCAAGACUGACAUUCCGAUCGUUGUUGUCUUCCGAGCCCUAGGAGUUGUGUCUGAUGAGGAUAUUCUGAACCAUAUUUGCUAUGACCGCAAUGAUACCCCGAUGCUGGAGAUGCUGAAGCCGUGCAUUGAAGAAGGUUUCGUCAUCCAGGACCGUGAAGUUGCUCUUGACUUCAUCGCCAAGCGUGGCUCCUCUCAGUCUAACCUGAACCAUGAGCGGCGUGUGCGCUACGCACGAGAGAUCAUGCAGAAGGAGUUGUUGCCGCAUAUUUCGCAAAGCGAGGGCAGCGAAACCCGAAAGGCCUUCUUUCUGGGCUACAUGGUGCACCGUCUACUGCAGUGCGCUCUUGGCCGCCGUGAUGUUGAUGACCGUGAUCACUUUGGAAAGAAGCGUCUGGAUUUGGCUGGCCCACUUCUUGCCGGUCUUUUCCGAGUCCUUUUCACCCGCGUCACCCGUGACUUGCAGCGCUACGUGCAACGUUGUGUGGAGACCAACCGGGAGAUUUAUCUCAACAUUGGUCUGAAAGCCAGCACUCUGACUGGUGGUUUGAAAUAUGCCCUGGCGACAGGUAACUGGGGUGAGCAGAAGAAGGCUGCCAGCUCCAAGGCCGGUGUUUCCCAGGUGCUGAGUCGCUAUACCUACGCUUCCACCUUGUCCCAUUUGCGCCGUACCAAUACGCCUAUUGGCCGAGAUGGAAAGAUUGCUAAACCGCGUCAACUUCAUAACACUCACUGGGGGCUUGUGUGCCCAGCCGAGACACCCGAAGGCCAAGCUUGUGGUCUUGUCAAGAACUUGGCACUCAUGUGCUAUAUCACUGUUGGUACACCCAGUGAACCGAUCAUUGAUUUCAUGAUUCAGCGCAACAUGGAAGUCCUUGAGGAAUUCGAACCUCAAGUCACUCCCAAUGCCACCAAGGUGUUUGUGAACGGUGUCUGGGUUGGUAUUCACCGUGACCCUUCACAUCUUGUCAACACUAUGCAGUCCCUCCGUCGGCGCAACAUGAUCUCCCACGAGGUCAGCUUGAUUCGUGACAUUCGUGACCGAGAGUUCAAGAUCUUCACAGAUGCUGGCCGUGUGUGCCGGCCCCUCUUUGUUGUUGACAAUGACCCCAAGAGUGAGAAUGCUGGCUCAUUGGUCCUUAACAAGGAGCACAUUCGCCUGCUGGAGCAGGACAAGGAUCUAUCGCGUGACUUGGAUCCGGAAGAGUACCGGGAGCGCGGAUUCGGAUGGGAGGGCUUGGUGAGAUCGGGGGCUGUGGAAUAUGUGGACGCGGAGGAGGAAGAGACGAUUAUGAUUGUGAUGACCCCCGAAGACUUGGAGAUUUCCAAGCAACUCCAAGCUGGCUACGCUCUACCAGAAGAUGAAACCAACGACCCCAACAAGCGAGUUCGUUCGAUUCUGAGCCAGCGGGCGCACACCUGGACGCACUGCGAGAUUCACCCUAGUAUGAUCCUGGGCGUUUGUGCCAGUAUCAUUCCCUUCCCGGAUCACAACCAGUCGCCUCGUAAUACCUACCAGUCUGCAAUGGGUAAACAGGCCAUGGGUGUGUUCCUGACCAACUUUGCGCAGCGCAUGGAGACCAUGGCGAACAUUCUUUACUAUCCUCAGAAGCCUCUCGCCACCACCCGAUCGAUGGAGUUCCUCCGCUUCCGCGAGCUGCCUGCGGGUCAAAAUGCGAUUGUGGCUAUCGCCACUUACUCUGGUUACAACCAGGAAGAUUCGGUUAUCAUGAACCAGAGCAGUAUCGACCGCGGUCUGUUCCGCAGUCUGUUCUACCGUACAUAUACAGACUCUGAGAAGAUGGUGGGCUUGACGGUCGUUGAGCGAUUCGAGAAGCCAAUGCGGUCCGACACACUUGGCAUGCGCAAGGGCACCUAUGAUAAGCUUGAUGAGGAUGGAAUCGUUGCUCCGGGUGUGCGUGUUUCUGGAGAGGAUAUCAUUAUCGGCAAGACUGCGCCUCUGGCGCCCGAUGCGGAAGAGCUCGGCCAGCGCACCAAGUCACACGUCAAGAUCGACGUCUCGACGCCACUCCGAAGCACUGAGAAUGGUAUCGUGGACCAAGUGUUGGUCUCAACCGGCAACGACGAUCUCAAAUUCGUCAAGGUCCGUAUGCGUACCACCAAGGUCCCGCAGAUUGGUGACAAGUUCGCCUCUCGUCACGGUCAGAAGGGUACUAUUGGUAUCACUUACCGACAGGAGGAUAUGCCCUUCACCCGCGAGGGUGUGGUGCCUGACUUGAUUAUCAACCCGCACGCCAUUCCAUCUCGUAUGACAAUUGCUCACUUGAUCGAGUGCCAGCUGAGUAAAGUGUCCGCUCUUCGUGGCUUCGAAGGUGACGCUACUCCUUUCACUGACGUGACUGUCGACUCGAUCUCACGCCUGCUCCGCGAGCACGGUUACCAGUCCCGUGGAUUCGAAGUCAUGUAUAAUGGUCACACCGGCCGUAAGUUGGUGGCGCAGGUGUUCCUCGGCCCAACCUACUACCAGCGACUGCGCCAUAUGGUGGAUGAUAAGAUCCACGCGCGUGCCCGUGGUCCAACUCAGAUUCUCACCCGCCAGCCUGUGGAGGGUCGUGCGCGUGACGGUGGUCUGCGGUUCGGAGAGAUGGAACGUGAUUGUAUGAUUGCCCACGGUGCUAGUCAUUUCCUCAAGGAGCGUCUCUUCGAUGUAUCGGAUCCAUUCCGUGUUCACAUUUGCGACGACUGCGGCCUGAUGACCCCGAUUGCCAAACUCAAGAAGGGUCUCUUCGAAUGCCGACUGUGCAACAACAAACACCGCAUCUCCCAAGUCCACAUCCCCUACGCCGCCAAGCUUCUGUUCCAAGAGCUGGCCUCGAUGAACAUUGCCGCCCGAAUGUUUACCGACCGUUCCGGAGUAUCGGUGCGGUAA